AUGAGAAUCGUACGGUCGAUGUUGUCAUUUCCCGCGCGUUCCCCCUCGGUUUGCCUCAGCCCUAUUCCCCUCCCGCGCUUCCUCGUCGACGUCACGUCCCGUCACUCACGCUUGCCCUCGUCGACGUCGCCGUGCCCAAUUACGUCGCUACUUUUACGGUCAUCGUUGCUUCCCUUCCCCAUUGCCUCAUUAGGUCGCACUCGCUCUAUCCCCCUCUUCCACCUUUUCCACUUCCACUGUUGUCCUUGGUUACCACCCCACCCUUGCACCCUUCUUUCCUUCUCUCACAUUCUCCUUUCCCCCUGCCUCACACCCACCCUGGGCGCAGAGAGAUGGCGGGCUGGGCUGGGCACUGGCCCCAUGGCAGCACAGCACCUCUCUCUCGCACCAACCCCGCACACAUGGCAGGUGCGGCUGCAGCAUUGGAGCAGAGUGCUUGGCGCACAGCCGGGGCAGCACGUGCAGGCGGGCAGUGAGGAGCGCUGUGCUCAAGGGGGCGAGUGGAGGGGGGGAGGGGAGUUGGGGAGGGGGGGCAGGGGAGUUGGGGAGGGGGGGGCAGGGGGGUUUGGGGAGGGGGGGCAUGGGAUUGUGACCCUGCCGCCCUUCUUUUCAAUUGCCACCUUCCGAGUUUCCAAUCGACCGCCUUUCCGCUCACCCACUUCCCUUGUGCUCAUCCUCCCUUCCCCUCAUUCUCCCUUCAUCUCAUCCUCCCAUCCUUCUUUUCUUCCUUCCCCCCUCCCUUCCUCCCUUCCUCCCUUCCACUCUUCCACCCAACGUCGUCCUCUCCUACUCCCUUCCUCUCUUCCUCUCUUCCACCCUCUUCCCUACUCUCUGCUUCAGUGUCUUUCCCCCCUCUCUUUCCCCUUUCCUCCCUCCCUUCAUCCCAUCCUCUCUUCCACCCUUCCUCCUUGUCUCCCUUGCUCAUUUUCUCCCUCGGUGCAGUCCUUGUUCUCUGCAUCCCUCUCUGCCAUCCUCCCUUUCUUUCAGCCUCCUCACUUUCUCUCGUCAACCAUUCCUCUGCACCCUCCUACCCUGCCGCGCCUGUACACUCCUACCCUGUUUGCCAUGCAUCCACUUGUGAUGCCUUUGCUGUUUGAUGGCUAG